AUGGACCGCUACCGGGGACGGCGAUCUCCUCCUCCCCGACCCCGCGAACGAGACGACCACCCAAACGUCGAAUACUUUGGUUCAGGAGAAAGCUACAGGCCUGGUGGCGCCACAGGGGAAGGCCCCUAUCGACCUCCGAUGAGGGAGCGGCCUGCUGCCGAUUCAUGGUCCGCCGACCGAGGAGACGGCCGACGAGAUGAUCGCAGAGAUGAUCGAAGAGAACGGGAAGAGGUUGAUUCAUACAUCCCGGUAACAAGUUCAAGGGCAGCACCGGUGCGGCCCAGAAGCAGGUCGCCUGCUUUCCGCCGUCGCUCAAGGACGCCGCCGGCGCCAAACAACAGAGGCAGAGAAGAUCUGUUCGCCAACAGAAGAUCACCCGUGCGCCGCUACUCUCCACGAAGAUCCCCUCCUCCCCGAAGACGAUCUAGGUCAGCGUACGGUGCAAGACCUCGCAGUCCACCACCAGAUACCAAGCGUUACCGGGAUUUCUCGCCUGACCCUUCACGACGCUCGCCGAAACGAGAGCGCCGGAUAUCUCCUGACCGAAGCCGUUUCGAGCGCGACCGUCCAAGAUCACCCAUAAGACGGGGAUUCUCACCCGAACCUGAUAGAGAGCCCGCAAGAGGUGGCGAAAGCUAUAGACCAAGAUCGAGAUCACCACCCCCACGGCGCAGACCCGUUGACAACUGGAGACGGUCUCCUUCACCCAGAAAUCUGAACUCCGGUGCAGCGUCGAACAAUACUUCGAGAAGAUCGUCGCCACCAAUCCAUCCAGACAGACUGAGCUUGACCGGUUCGAUACCUAGUAGGUCACCCGCAUAUCCUGCCAGAGGCCAGUACGACAGAGCAGACUCGGCGAGCUACCGGGGGAGGUCUCCUCCUAUCGCUCCUACAGGACCUGCUGGAGAUACUUACGAGCGUGGGCGGCCGCGAGCUGUAAGCCCUCCACGCGAGGAUGUUCGUUCGAACGGCCAGCCGGCUCCCAUCCAACCACCUUCCGGCCCGAGCAGUUAUCGGAAUGGCAACUAUGGCUACGAUCGACCUCCGCCAACAGGCCCUUCGCGAGGUUUCAACCAGUCCGGCCAGACACAGGCGUCACCACCUACCGGUCCGGCCUCGUCCACCAUGUCAAUGUCAGCUCAUAAUCGAGGGGGUGGUGGUGCAGGUACUCUCGGAGCACCGACACGGCCUCGUGGCGCGCCCGGGCCGGGUCGAUUUGACGGUCCUCCUCCUCGGGACUUCACCAGUCCGCCUAUGCGCGGCGGUCGAGGCAGUUUGACAUACCGUGGACCAGGCCCAUUUGGACCGCGGGGCGGCGGCUAUGGUGGACGAGGAGACUUCGGCGGUGGUGGAAGCAAAGGAGAUUUCGGCGGCGGUCCAGGACGCGGCGAUUACGGAGGAAGUCAUCGCGGCAGCGGCGGCGCUGGAUUUGGUCGUGGAGCUGCUGGUGGUGGCGGAGUUGGUGGUCCUGGCGGUCAGGCAAGCGGUAGCGUGAGUGGGAAUGGCGAACCGGCACCAUCGUUCCCCUUCCGCGGCAACAACAACAACAGCUCAAGCACGACCUAUCCCCGAACCCAACGCUUCAACAACACCAACAACAACUCGACCAACGUGAGCAUGAAUACCGUGCAACACCAUCUCACCACAAACGAGAAGAUCGUGCCCGGCGGCAAACUCCUCCCGUCGGGCCUCCCCCCUGACCAAGAAAAGCGAAUCAAGAUGCUGGAGGCCGAGGCCGAGCGCAUGCGCUCCGAGAUUGCGGAAAAGCAACGAUCCAAGCGCGAGGUCCUGGGGGAGUGGGAGGUCCGGGAACGCGAGAGCGAGCGGGAAACGCUACGCAGCGAGCUCGCAGAGGCGCAUCUGCAGCAGUUGAUGGAGCCAGAGGAUGGCCUUGGCCGUGCGGCUUUUUAG